GGGUUUAAGAUUAUAACAAAGGAGGAUCAAAAGAAAUGGGCCGUUUCUGGACUUCGGUGACCUAUCUUCAUUCCCUCGCUGGACCGGCGGUGAUGCUGGUGUACCCACUGUAUGCGUCGGUAAUGGCGAUGGAGAGCACAUCUAAGGUGGAUGACGAGCAGUGGUUAGCGUAUUGGAUCUUAUACUCAUUCCUCACUCUCCUUGAGAUGCUUCUCCAACCUCUUCUCCAAUGGAUACCGAUUUGGUACGAUAUAAAAUUGGUGUUCGUAGCGUGGCUGGUUCUUCCUCAGUUCAGAGGUGCAGCUUUCAUUUACGAUAGAUUCGUGAGGGAAAAGCUUCGGAGGGUCGGUGUCGCUACAAAACCUCGUUCAGCCUCAGCAGCAGCUACUGCAUCGUCUCCAUCCAAGGGCAAAGACAAGAACAAGUUUGUCGACUUCAUCUCCCCCAAGAAAGGAGGGCAGGAGGCUUAUUGAACAGAAACACUUCAAAAUUACUGAUCCACUCAUCAAUACUCAGUUUCUCACUUUGUUUUUCAGCUUUUUGGAUUUCUACUCUGUUC